GCAGAGAGCUAGCUAGCUAGCUAGAUAGAGUGAAGACACCGGCGAAUCUCAAGUUGACAUAUCGCUUUCUUUUGUGAGGCGACGUGUCAUUGUUGCUACUUUGGCGUUCUUUUAGACAAUAAUAUUAUGCGACUGCUUAUGUAGAAUAGUAGCCUACGUAGAUAUAGUAUUUAAAUACAUGUAGGACUACCUGAAAGGAACUUGACAGUUUGCGUGCGUUCGCGUGCCUUAGUGUUGUUGUUGGGUUUGUGUCGUGCUAUAAAUUAUUUAACGUUAGCUAGCUACCUAACUAAGAUUAAAUUGCACGUAAAUGCUAUCCCCUCUUGCAGCUCCAAGGUUUUAGAUCAAGCUGUUUUUUGGAGAUAUGGAUAUUGACAUUGGUACCGUUUUAGGAUGCUCUCUUGGUAUUGUUUUGGGGGGACUUGUACUUGCUGCUUAUAAACUUGGUCUGUUGUAUCAACUCUUCCACAAGACAGAGACCAAGAGCCCUCGGCAUGGCGGUGAGAGUGUGGCCGAGGUGCUGCGUGCCCACGGGGUCAAGUUUGUCUUCACCCUCGUCGGGGGCCACAUAUCCCCCAUCCUGGUGGCGUGCGAGAAGCUGGGCAUCAGGAUCGUAGACACCAGACACGAGGCCACGGCGGUGUUCGCUGCUGAUGCCGUGGCGCGCUUGUCAGGUACUGUAGGGGUUGCCGCGGUGACAGCGGGCCCUGGCCUCACCAAUACGGUGACUGCAGUGAAGAACGCUCAGAUGGCUGAAUCGCCACUGCUGCUGAUCGGGGGUGCUGCAGGCACCAUGCUGCAGGGCAGAGGAGCAUUGCAGGACAUUGACCAGAUGUCGCUGUUCAAGCCUCUGUGUAAGUUCUGUGCGUCGGUGCGGACCAUAAGGGAGAUCGUGCCUAUCGUUAGGAAGGCAUUGGCCAUCGCACAGUCUGGGACUCCUGGCCCUGUGUUUGUGGAAUUCCCCAUCGACACACUCUACCCCUACCACCUGGUGUCUAAAGAGUUUGGCGUGAAGAACCCACCUAAAGGCCUCAUGGGAAAAAUCGUCACCUGGUACCUGCAGAAUCACCUCUCAAACCUGUUUGCUGGUGCCUGGGAAUCCCGUGAUGUGUCACCUUUACCUGUCCAGAUCCCACAGGCCACAGAUGACCAGGUUCAAAGAUGCAUAGAGCUGGUCAGCAGAGCCAAGAAGCCCGUUAUCCUUCUGGGUAGCCAGGCCACCCUCCCGCCGACACCCGCGGAGGACAUCAGGAAGGCCUUGGAGGCCUUGGGUAUCCCAUGCUUCCUGGGUGGAAUGUCCCGAGGCAUGCUGGGAAAAGACAGCCCCAUACAUAUCAGACAGAACCGCCGUGAUGCCCUGAAGGAUGCUGAUCUGGUGGUGCUAGCAGGGACGGUGUGUGAUUUCCGCCUCAGCUACGGCAGAGUGUUGAACCGGCACAGUAAGAUCAUCGCCGUCAACCGAGACAAGAGCCAGCUCCUGAAGAACUCCGACAUGUUCUGGAAGCCCACGGUGGCUAUUCAGGGAGAUGCAGGGUCUUUCCUAGAUCGUCUUUCCAAGGGGCUCAAGGGGUACAAGUGUCCGGAAGACUGGCCCCAAAGCUUGAAACAGGGAGACAUCACCAAAGAGCAGACAAACAGGGCGAAGGCAGAUGAGAAGACCGAGCUGCACCUCAACCCUCUGGGCGUGUUGCACCGCGUGGACGAGCUCAUGGCCGAGGACAGCAUCAUCGUCGCAGACGGCGGUGACUUUGUGGGCAGCGCAGCGUACAUCAUGAGGCCGCGUGGCCCGCUGCGUUGGCUUGAUCCAGGAGCUUUCGGGACGCUGGGCGUGGGUGGAGGAUUUGCUCUGGGAGCAAAGCUGUGCCGACCUGAGUCAGAGGUGUGGAUUGUGUACGGUGACGGUUCCCUUGGCUACAGCGUUGCAGAAUUUGACACCUUCACCAGGCAUAAGACUCCUGUGAUCGCUGUGGUGGGAAAUGACGCCUGCUGGAGUCAGAUAUCCAGAGAGCAGGUGCCCAUGUUGGGCAGUAAUGUGGCCUGUGGUCUGGCCUUCACAGACUAUCACACUGUUGCCGAUGGCUUCGGCGGGAUUGGUCACCUGAUUGGGCGAGAGAAUGAGGCGCAGCUGGAUGACAUCAUCAAAGAGGCACAGCGUCUGAGCAGGGAGGGCCGGGCAACGCUACUCAAUGUCCUCAUUGGGAAGACCAACUUUAGAGAGGGCUCAAUCUCUGUGUAACACUACUCCUAAAAAGUACAACAAUACUCCUCCAGCCAGCCAAAGGAAAUGACCACACAGGAAGUGUCUCUCUUCUGCCCUGCUCCUGGACUGUGAGCUCUACGUGAGCGUUAAGAGAAUCAUUCCAACUUAACCUUACUCAUGUGGCUGAUCAGAGACAAAGUGAUUUAAGGGAUACUGUAAUAGUGAGAUGGUUGGAAUGAAAGUAAAUAUAUUAUAGCUUAGCGCCCCCUGGGGGCAGGGAAUGGAAUGCUGUUGAAUGCUGUGCUCUGCUGCUUGACUCCAAUGUACUGCAGGUUCUAUAGAAAAGGGAAUGAUAUUGAUGGUCAUAUCUGUGGAAAUCCUUUCCUCCAGUUAGCAGUACUCCAGCCUAGCAUACUUUUUAAGUUCAUUGAAGGCCUUAUGAUUCAACUAUAUAUUUAUGUGUUGAUAUUGGGAAAUAAUUUAAUUGCACUUAAUUAUUAUUAUUAUUUUUAUUUUAUUUGUAAGCAUCUAUUAGGAAUUGUUGGAGAUGCCGUUUUUUCUUACAAAAUCAGAAAACCAUUAACACAAAAUGACAGUAUAGAAUCGACUGAUUCAAAUAUUAAGUCCAUCCUGACAAAAACAUGUUACUACGUUACUAACGUAACUGAAUACACAUUCACCUGUAAUGUCUGAAUGUAAAAUAUCAUAUCUUUACAAGCAAGUAAGUAUAUCACUUGGGCGUUCUCUGUGAAAAACAACUGCAGUAAGCAGAGCACUGACACAACAUCCGAUUUAAUGUUUAAGACCACUUCAAACCUGAUCAAUCAACAGUUCAGUUACAUGAAAGCAAAUACUAUUAUCUUAUCUUUGUAUGAUUUCUAUAAAGAAUUGCUAUGGAGCAUUCACCUUUAUGCCUCUAGUGGACACAAAUCAGUCCAUUCAUCUAUUUGAAAGGCAGUGCUGAAUGGGAUUGGGGAAAUGAACAUGUUUGAUGUUGCAAUAAAGACAUGAACUCUUCCACGUUA